AUGACGUUCGGCUACGGCGAUAUUGGCAACGAGGGGCCGAAGAUGAACGGCGACGCGAACACAACGACGAUCACCCAAGAACGAAAAAAUGCGCUGCUCUCGAAGCAAGAAGAGCCCGGCUCCUCGCUGAACGGCGCCGACUCGUUGACGGAUCUACGAAAACGGCUGACCGGACUGACGCGCGACACGAGCUUCACCAGCAGCAGUACGACCAUUAAUGACAAGUUCCAAUCAGCCUUGCUGGCCUCCCGGAAGUCGAGUCUUGUCGAGGACUCCGAAGCUCACGAUUCACAAGAAAUGCCAGUCAAUCUGGCGACCUCCCUUCGUCCCGUGCUCCAGCAAGGCAUUUUGCGGUUGAUGAUCUAUCAGGAGAUCUGUGGGCAGAUGCUGAACAGCGGCUACUAUCAACUCAUCGACAAGUCGGACAAGCUAUUAAUGCGUCUGCAGCGGCUUGUUCAAAAGGACCCUGGGCUCUACUAUCCGACCAGCGUGUUGACCAGUAUUCAGGUGCACGUCCUCAACCAGGUCGAUGUCAUGCGGGCCGCGUUGGAUGUAGGGUACGGUAGC